GUCUUAACACGAGGCUAUACGUCUCUGAGUAUUACCAGAAGAAGUUAUCGAUUUCUGUGAUGCUGCUCGUGGCCAAGGCUGGAAAGGCUCCUACAGUCUGUCCAUGGAGAAUGGAAAGAAGUCUUCAGAGUGUAGUGUUUGGCAUUUAAAAAUAUAUAACCAUUUAUGAGUUGAGCCUCAUUCUUGAGUUAUGGAUGACAAGGCUUCUGUUGGAAAAAUCAGUGUCUCCUCAGACUCAGUAUCUACUCUUAAUAGUGAAGAUUUUGUCUUGGUUUCCAGGCAAGGAGAUGAGACACCAUCUACAAAUAACGGAAGUGAUGAUGAGAAGACUGGACUAAAGAUUGUAGGGAAUGGAAGUGAGCAGCAGCUGCAGAAAGAGCUCGCAGAUGUGCUGAUGGACCCUCCCAUGGAUGACCAGCCAGGGGACAGGUCACAGCCAGAUGGUGAAGGAGAUGGGCCUCUUUCUCAUCAACUCUCAGCUUCGUCUACCAUCAACCCAGUGCCACUAGUAGGACUUCAAAAACCAGAGAUGAGUUUGCCAGUGGAACCUGGACAAGGAGAUUCUCAAGUGUCAAGUCCUUUCACACCAGUGGCUGAUGAGGAUAGUGUGGUUUUUAGUAAAUUAACUUACUUAGGCUGUGCCUCAGUAAAUGCUCCCCGGAGUGAAGUGGAAGCCUUGAGGAUGAUGUCCAUCUUGAGAAGUCAGUGUCAGAUUUCUCUGGAUGUGACCCUCUCAGUGCCGAAUAUAUCUGAAGGAACUGUGAGACUUUUAGAUCCUCAGACCAACACUGAAAUAGCAAACUACCCUAUCUACAAGAUCCUCUUCUGUGUCAGAGGACACGAUGGUACCCCUGAAAGCGACUGUUUUGCAUUCACUGAAAGUCACUAUAACGCAGAGCUCUUCAGGAUACAUGUAUUUCGCUGUGAAAUACAAGAGGCUGUAAGCCGGAUCCUUUACAGUUUUGCCACUGCCUUCCGCCGUACUGCCAAGCAGACCCCACUCUCAGCCACUGCCACACCGCAGACUCCAGACAGUGACAUUUUUACCUUCUCUGUGUCUUUAGAAAUAAAAGAAGAUGAUGGUAAAGGUUAUUUUAGUGCUGUUCCCAAAGACAAGGACAGGCAAUGCUUUAAACUUCGACAGGGAAUUGAUAAGAAGAUUGUCAUCUGUGUGCAGCAAACAGCUAACAAAGAACUUGCCAUUGAAAGGUGCUUUGGCCUUCUCCUUAGCCCAGGAAAAGAUGUCCGAAAUAGUGAUAUGCAUUUGUUGGACUUGGAGUCUAUGGGCAAAAGUUCAGAUGGAAAGUCAUAUGUUAUUACUGGAAGCUGGAAUCCAAAAUCCCCACAUUUUCAAGUUGUGAAUGAAGAAACUCCUAAAGAUAAAGUGUUGUUCAUGACAACAGCUGUGGAUUUGGUGAUAACAGAAGUACAGGAGCCCGUUCGUUUUCUCUUGGAGACGAAAGUUCGAGUUUGUUCACCUAAUGAAAGGUUGUUCUGGCCCUUCAGCAAACGCAGCACUACUGAAAACUUCUUUCUGAAACUAAAGCAGAUAAAGCAAAAGGAGAGGAAGAAUAAUGCUGACACUUUAUAUGAAGUUGUGUGUUUGGAAAGUGAGUCAGAGAGAGAGAGGAGGAAAACCACAGCCAGUCCUUCAGCUCGCCUGCCACAGUCUGGAUCUCAGAGCUCCAUGAUCCCCUCUCCUCCAGAAGAUGAUGAAGAUGAAGAUAAUGAUGAACCUCUUCUGAGUGGAUUUGGUGAUGUAUCCAAAGAAUGUGCAGAAAAAAUUCUUGAAACAUGGGGAGAACUACUGUCAAAAUGCUGUUCAGAGGAGACUCAUUACAGCUCCUGCUCCCAAUCUUCCUCUCUGUCCCUGCCCCCACUCUCCCUUGGUGAAGACACUGCCCCCAGUUUACCUUACGCCCUUGGUGCUAUGUGCAUGCAGCCAAGUGGCUGCAUGAAAUGGGAACCAGUUCUCGAGCACGAGAUGAACUCCACCUUGGAUGGUGACCAGCGCAGCCAUCCUUUCUGUCUCCUGGCACUGGGCUACUCAGAAACUGUCAGUUUUUGUCUUUUGGAAGCACUGAUUGUUGUCUUUCUAACCACAUUGAUUAUUUCUGGCAACAUCAUUGUGAUUUUUGUGUUUCACUGUGCACCUCUGUUGAACCAUCACACUACAAGUUAUUUCAUCCAGACAAUGGCAUAUGCUGACCUCUUGGUUGGGGUAAGCUGUUUGGUCCCUUCCUUGUCACUACUCCACUACCCCCUUCCUAUGGAGGAGGCCAUGACUUGCCAAGUAUUUGGCUUUAUAAUAUCAGUUCUGAAGAGCGUUUCCAUGACUUCUCUGGCCUGUAUCAGCAUUGAUAGAUAUAUUGCCAUCACUAAGCCUUUAACCUAUAAUACGCUGGUUACUCCCGGGAGACUACGCCUGUGUAUUUUUCUGAUUUGGCUGUAUUCCAUCUUGGUCUUCCUGCCUGCCUUCUUCCACUGGGGCAAACCAGGAUAUCAUGGAGAUGUAUUUCAGUGGUGUGCAGCGUCCUGGCACACCAACCUCUACUUCACAUUGUUCAUCGUGGUAAUGCUGUAUGCCCCAGCUGCCCUCAUUGUCUGCUUCACAUAUUUCAACAUCUUCCGCAUCUGCCAACAGCACACAAAAGAAAUCAGCGAAAGGCAAGCCCGAUUCAGCAGCCGGAAUGAGGAGACUGGGAAAGCCCACACUUGUCCUGAUAAGCGCUAUGCCAUGGUCCUCUUCAGAAUUACAAGUGUAUUUUAUGUCCUCUGGUUGCCAUACAUCCUCUACUUUCUGCUGGAGAGCUCCACUGGCUGCAGCAGCCACCUUGCAUCCUUCCUCACUACCUGGCUUGCUAUUAGCAAUAGUUUCUGCAACUGUAUCAUUUACAGUCUCUCCAACAGUGUUUUCCAAAGAGGAUUAAAGGGUCUCUCAGGGACUAUGUGUACUUCUUGUACAAGUCACACUACAGCCAAGGACCCUUACACAACUAUUUAUAGAAAUAAUUUAUUUCUAAAAUUUCUUUCCCCAAAAAGAAAGCCAUUACUUUGCUGGUUCUUGUGGAGCAGGAUCUGCUUCAAAUACUCCCCCCCUUUUAAAAAGAAAAUGUUUCUUUGCCUGCUUAUUAUCUGUGUGUAUACAUGUGUGUACACAUGCGUGCAUCACAUCAACACAUACAAAUACUACAGUUCAAGUAUAGAGGUCAGAGGACAACAUGCAGUAGUCAGUUUUUCUUCCCACAACGGAUCCCAGGAAUCUCAGGUUCUCAGACUUGGCAGCAAACAGCCUUACCCAGAGAGCCUCUCACCAGUGGUAGCCUUUUUCAGUUUUAAGAGUUUCCUUUUUUUUUUUUGCAGCAUACAUGGAGGAAUUGAAACCUUUUCUACAGCCGGGCAGUGGUGGCGCACGCCUUUAAUCCCAGCACUUGGGAGGCAGAGGCUGGUGACAGAGUCUCCCCAAGACAGUGCUAUCACAAGAGAUAUUAACCGCACGUUUCCAGCUCAUGACUACUUCAAGGACACAGGAGGAGAUGGACAAGAUUCCUUAUAUAAAAUAUGCAAGGCAUACUCUGUGUACGAUGAAGAAAUUGGUUACUGCCAGGGCCAGUCCUUCCUCGCGGCUGUGCUGCUUCUCCACAUGCCCGAAGAACAGGCAUUCAGUGUUCUGGUAAAGAUCAUGUUUGACUAUGGCCUCAGGGAACUUUUCAAGCAAAAUUUUGAAGAUCUACAUUGCAAGUUCUACCAGUUGGAGCGCCUCAUGCAGGAAUACAUUCCUGAUCUGUACAACCACUUCCUGGAUAUCAGCCUUGAAGCACACAUGUACGCUUCCCAGUGGUUUCUUACACUUUUCACUGCAAAAUUCCCUCUCUACAUGGUCUUCCAUAUCAUGGACCUGCUGCUCUGCGAGGGAAUAAGUGUCAUUUUUAAUGUCGCCCUUGGAUUGCUGAAGACUUCCAAGGACGACUUGCUGCUGACAGACUUUGAGGGUGCCUUGAAGUUCUUCAGGGUUCAGCUCCCUAAAAGGUACCGCUCAGAAGAAAAUGCAAAGAGGCUUAUGGAGCUGGCCUGCAACACGAAGAAAAGAAUUCAGGUCAGAUUCAGAUGCCUGCUUCUGUCUAAUGGUCCACGAUUAAAGGAAUACCCGAUUCCUCUAAAGGACUCUGAGUCUGAGCUGUUUGAACGGAACCGUAAUAUACUGUUCAUUUACAUCAGGUAUUUAGAAGGCCGACCUUGGCCUGUGUGCUGUGUGAUCCAGGGUGAUGGCAUCUCGUCAAUGUUUCAGGCAGAGGAAAAGGCAGAUGCACUGAAUAAGGAGUUGCUGAUGACCAAACAGAAGCUGAUUGAUGCAGAAGAUGAGAAGAGGCGGUUAGAAGAGGAGUCUGCACAGUUAAAGGAAAUGUGCCGCCGGGAACUUGACAAGGCAGAAUCAGAGAUUAAAAAAAACAGCUCUAUCAUUGGUGACUAUAAGCAGAUUUGUUCUCAAUUGAGUGAAAGACUGGAGAAGCAGCAGACAGCCAAUAAAGUAGAAAUUGAGAAAAUUCGGCAAAAGGUAGAUGACUGUGACCGCUGCCGAGACUUCUUUAAUAAAGAAGGGAGAGUGAAGGGCACCAGCUCAGCCAAGGGGGUUCCAGAUGAAGACACGGAUGAAGAAAAAGAGACACUCAAGAACCAGCUGCGGGAAAUGGAGCUGGAACUGGCCCAGACCAAAUUACAGCUGGUAGAAGCCGAGUGCAAGAUCCAGGACUUGGAACACCACUUGGGCCUUGCCCUCAGUGAGGUGCAGGCAGCCAAGAAGACCUGGUUUAACCGCACACUGAGCUCCAUAAAGACAGCAACUGGAGUUCAAGGGAAAGAGACAUGCUGAGACUAGCUGCUGCCUCCAGACACCUCCAGAAAACAUACCACCUUUGGUUGCCUUCUUUGGCCAGAUGUGUGAUUCUGUGACAUGUUCCAGGACCAGAAUGUACCUAGCUCAGAGCUGUAUAGCAAGAUCAGUGGGCCAGGGCUCCUGCAGCAGGCUGCCAGCCCCACUGAUGCUCUGGACAUGCACCCGCCUGAGGGCCAUCCAGGCCUCUGCCAUGAAUGAGCACCUCACCCAGUCAGAGUUGAAGCAUCCUACAAUGUGUUAGUUUUUUGUUUUCUAAACCCUUUAUUUAAAAAGACAAGAAAAAAAUACAUACACACACACACACACACUUUAUCCUUUAGGUUAGGGGCAGGGGUUCAGUGCUGGCAGAAGUCCCCAGAGAGACAAGAAGCACUUUGUUUGAGUAGAAGAGCUUUGUAGUAAUGGCUCGUCACCUAAUUUUGUUAAUCAGUAUAGUGCACAGGUUUUGAUUUGGCAUUAUUCACAUUUCUGAGCAAUUCUAUGCAACUCUCAUAGUCCUGUCUUUUUUUUUUUUUUUUUUUUUUUUUUAAAAAAAAAAACAUUAGCUGCCAGAACAACUUCAGAAGGCUGGCAUGGGCCACAUGACUGUGAGACUGAAUCAAUCAUGAUGUGGACAGCUCUUACUUUGUUUAAUGUGUCCUGUGUACAUAUGUGUGUGUAUGUAUUAGUAUAAAUAUAUAGAUAUAUAGAUAUAUAGAUAUAAAUACCUUUCCCAGUACCCUGCACUGACAGUGUUUAACUCCCAGACUCACCCGAUAAUUAGUACCACUGCCAUCUGUGGUUAUGGAGCACUUCCUGUUCUUUCUGCCAUUGUGGGAGCUGGCAAGAGCUCCUUCACCUCUAAUGUUUGCACAAGUGAGGAAGACUGAGCUGUGUACGCACACACUAUAUGGUCCUACUUCCUGGCCUGUGGAUCUCACUGGUCAGAUGGGCUGCAGAGUCUUACUUCAAAAGCUAUAAAUUAGUGGUUUUAGCACUUUUUUUUAAUUAAAAAAACAAAACCUUUUGACUUAAUUUAUGUGGCGAUAUGCUGACAAGCAGUCUCAGAGGGGUUCGUUGUUUCUGCCCUUUGGAGGUGGCAUGGGUUUGUAUAUAAGGACUCGAGUCGUUUUCUCUUUCCCUGUUGGCUUUACUAAUGCUUGAUGGAGAUCUACAGUGGGGAGAUAACAAGUGGCCAACCCUUCCCCAUACCAUCCCCCACCACUUCCAGUGUCUGUCUUGUUCAGUUAGUUACCACACUGUAAGCCCAUCUAAAACUAGGUGUGUGGACAUUGUGCUAGGGUAGUUUGUGCGUCAACUUUAUGAACUGAAAUAUAAACCAGUAAAAUUGUAUUACUAUUUCUUUUGUUCGUUUUAACAGCAUAUUCAUUAAAUAUUUUGGUACAAACGGCA